UCACCCAUUUACAAUACGUCAACCGUACAUCUACCGACCAUUUGGGACCAUAGAAAAAUCGAUUAAUUGAACCAUUAAUUGUUCUUAAAGUACAUAAUCAUUCAAUCAAUAACAAAAUCCAACAGAAGCUCAAUAAUAAGUUAAUAUGAAUGCAAAUACCCAUACUAAGCAAUCAUCUGGACUUCUGCUGUGAAAAGGGGCAGUAAAUGUUUCGUGUAUUAUGUCAGAGUUUGACAAUGAAUAGUCCAAUUAAACAUAAAAAAAUCCUUCGAAAAGGGAGCCACACAGUAAACCAGACUGGGCUGGAAGAAAGACACGGGCUUUUUAGUCAGAAGGGUUUCUUUUGUAUUCACGCAUCCCCGCACAGCCUGUAGUACCCAAAGAGCGUUUAUACCCUGGCGUAAGCCGCCUUAAAGCCAAGUGGACGGCGUCGUCCUGCCCCUCCCGACGGGGCAAGCGAGAGGGAAUAACUAGCGCCCCCUUGUGGUCGUGGAGGAGGCGUGUGGACGCGAUCACGUGAGUGGGAUCGAGGGACAAAAAAGAAAAAAAAAGGCAGAGGCAAAGAUGUAGCGGCGAGUCUCUCCGCGGCACUGACAGCCUGGGAUUACAGCAGCGCUCCUCACGGAGGGACACAGUCAUGGCGGGGCUCCACUGACGGGCGGCAAGACGACCCUCCGCCUUCUUCGCUUCCGUCAGUCCGAGCGCCGAUCUUCGGUUCGCCCCUUAACACAGCAGCCCAGCGGGGGAAAGACAGGACCGAAGGACUGGGCUCUGAAUAAAAGGAAAAUCUCUCUCAGUUGAGUGAUUUCUUUAAGAGAAUGGCGGACCGUGAUACAUUACCCCUUCCACUGGAGGUGAGAGCCAGACUUGCCGAGCUCGAACUGGAAUUAUCAGAAGGUGACAUCACACAGAAAGGCUAUGAGAAGAAGAGGGCGAAAUUAAUCGGGGCUUAUCUACCACACCCUCCAGGCAUGGAGCCCUCAGGCCAGGCAGAGCGGAGACCCCCCGUGACGCCGUCGUCCUCUCGCUACCACCGGCGCCGCUCCUCUGGGACUCGGGACGAGCGCUACAGAUCAGUGCAGGCGGCACUGGCCAAGCACAAGGAACGCAAGAUGGCCGUGCCCAUGCCGUCCAAGCGGCGCUCCCUGGUGGUGCAGAGCUCCAUGGACGCCUACACCCCCCCAGACACGUCAUCGGGUUCCGACGGGGAGGGUUCCCUGCACGGCGAGGGCACGCCCACCUCCAGCCACGGCAGCAUCAGCAUGGAGCACUGGAUCAGUCGUGCCAUCCACGGCUCCACCACCUCCUCCACCACCUCCUCGUCCUCCACGCAGAGCGGGGGCAGCGGCGCGGCCGGCCGGCUGGCCGACGUUCUGGCCCAGACGCACGUUGAAAACCACUCGGCGCCCCCAGAUGUCACCAGCUACGCAUCAGAGCACAGCGCCCAGGUGGAGAGACCACAGGUGUCCACCACUCCCCGGCCCGUCACCAAAUACGGCAACGCCGAGCUCAUGGAGACUGGAGAUGGAGUCCCCGUCAGCAGCCGUGUCUCAGCCAAGAUCCAGCAGCUGGUGAACACCCUGAAGAGGCCGAAGAGGCCGCCGCUGAGGGAGUUCUUCGUGGAUGACUUCGAGGAGCUCCUGGAGGUCCAACAGCCGGACCCCAACCAGCCGCGGCCCGAAGGUGCCCAGAUGCUGGCCAUCCGCGGCGAGCAGAUGGGAGUGGUGACCAACUGGCCGCCGUCCCUGGAGGCGGCCCUGCAGCGGUGGGGCACCAUCUCGCCCAAGGCGCCCUGUCUGACCACCAUGGACACCAACGGCAAAGCACUUUACGUCCUCACCUACGGCAAACUGUGGACACGGAGCAUGAAGGUAGCCUACAACAUCCUCCACAAGCUGGGAACCAAACAGGAGCCUAUGCUUAGGCCAGGAGAUCGGGUGGCGCUGGUCUUCCCCAACAAUGACCCAGCCGCCUUUAUGGUGGCGUUCUACGGCUGUCUGCUGGCUGAGGUGGUCCCUGUGCCCAUCGAGGUGCCCCUGACGAGGAAGGAUGCAGGAAGCCAGCAGAUCGGUUUUCUUCUGGGUAGCUGUGGGGUCACCGUUGCCCUUACGAGCGACGCCUGCCACAAGGGGCUGCCCAAGAGCCCUACCGGAGAGAUACCUCAGUUCAAAGGGUGGCCCAAGCUGCUGUGGUUCGUCACGGAGUCCAAGCACCUAUCCAAGCCCCCCCGGGAUUGGUACCCCCACAUUAAGGACGCCAACAACGACACGGCCUACAUCGAGUACAAGACGUGCAAGGACGGCAGUGUGCUGGGUGUGACGGUGAUGCGGAUCGCGAUGCUGACCCACUGCCAGGGGCUGACCCAGUCCUGUGGCUAUGCUGAAGCUGAGACCAUCGUGAAUGUGUUGGACUUCAAGAAGGACGUCGGCCUGUGGCACGGUAUUCUCACGAGCGUGAUGAAUCUCUCUCCCUCCCUCCCUCUCCCCCUCUCUCUCUGUGCUCCUCACCCCCCAGCGAGAGUGGCAUGUGUGAAGUCUCGGGACAUGCACUGGGCUUUGGUCGCCCAUCGCGACCAGCGGGACAUCGACCUCAGCUCGCUGCGUAUGCUCCUGGUGGCCGACGGCUCCAACCCCUGGUCCAUCUCGUCCUGCGAUGCGUUUCUCAACGUCUUCCAGGGCAAAGGCCUUCGUGCUGAGGUCAUCUGUCCAUGCGCCAGCUCUCCUGAGGCCCUCACUGUAGCCAUCCGGAGACCUACAGAUGACUGCAAUCUGCCCCCGGGAAGAGGUGUUCUCUCCAUGCACGGCCUGAGCCAUGGCGUGAUCCGUGUUGACACUGAGGAGAAGCUGUCCGUGCUGACGGUGCAGGACGUGGGCACGGUCAUGCCAGGAGCGCUCAUGUGCGUGGUGAGGCCGGACGGGGUGCCCCAGCUGUGCAAGACGGACGAGAUCGGGGAGGUGUGCGUGUGCUCCAUCGCGACCGGGACGUCCUACUACGGCCUGUCGGGCAUGACCAAGAACACCUUUGAGGUCUUCCCCAUGAGCAGUUCCGGUGCUCCCAUCAGUGAAUAUCCCUUUACCCGGACCGGCCUGCUGGGCUUUAUCGGCCCCGGCGGCCUGGUCUUCAUCGCGGGCAAGAUGGACGGUCUGAUGGUGGUGGCUGGGCGGAGGCACAAUGCGGAUGACAUCGUGGCCACGGCGCUGGCAGUGGAGCCCAUGAAGUUCGUCUACCGGGGGAGGAUCGCUGUGUUCUCCAUCACUGUGCUGCACGACGAGCGCAUUGUGGUUGUAGCUGAGCAGAGGCCGGACUCCACCGAGGAGGACAGCUUCCAGUGGAUGAGUCGCGUGCUGCAGGCAAUUGACGGGAUCCACCAAGUGGGGGUCUACUGCCUGGCUCUGGUGCCAUCCAACACCCUGCCCAAAACGCCACUGGGGGGCAUCCACCUGUCGGAGACCAAGCAGCAGUUUUUGGAGGGCUCCCUGCACCCCUGCAACGUGCUUAUGUGUCCCCACACCUGCGUCUCCAAUCUACCCAAACCCCGUCAGAAGCAGCCAGAGAUUGGACCAGCCUCCGUGAUGGUUGGGAAUCUGGUGUCGGGGAAGCGAAUCGCCCAAGCCAGUGGGCGCGACCUGGGCCAGAUGGAAGACAAUGACCAGGCAAGGAAGUUCCUCUUCCUGUCAGAGGUGCUUCAGUGGAGGGCCCAGACCACCCCGGACCAUGUGCUCUACACCCUGCUCAACUCACGGGGUGCGAUAGCCAGCUCACUGACCUGCCUCCAGCUGCAUAAGCGGGCAGAGAAGAUCGCCGCCCUGCUGGCCGAGCGAGGCCACCUGCAGGAUGGGGAUCACGUGGCACUGGUUUAUCCCCCGGGGAUCGACCUGAUCGCCGCCUUCUACGGCUGCCUGUACUGCGGCUGCGUGCCCAUAACGGUCCGGCCGCCUCACCCGCAGAACAUUGCCACCACCCUGCCCACCGUCAAGAUGAUUGUGGAGGUGAGUCGCUCCGCCUGCGUGAUGACGUCGCAGGCCAUCUGCAAGCUGCUGAGAUCCAAGGAGGCGACGGCGGCCGUGGAUGUGAGGACGUGGCCGCCCGUCUUGGACACGGAUGAUUUGCCAAAGAAGAAGCCCCCACACUUACACAAGCCCUCGAACCCGGACACCCUGGCCUACCUGGACUUCAGCGUGUCCACCACCGGCAUGCUUGCUGGAGUAAAGAUGUCUCACACUGCCACCAGUGCCUUCUGCCGUUCAAUCAAGCUUCAAUGUGAGCUGUACCCCUCCCGAGAGGUGGCCAUCUGCCUGGACCCCUACUGUGGCCUGGGCUUUGUCCUCUGGUGCUUGUGCAGCGUCUACUCCGGGCAUCAGUCCAUCCUGAUCCCCCCCUCUGAGCUGGAGGUGAACCCCGCACUGUGGCUGAUGGCGGUGAGCCAAUACCGCGUGAGGGACACGUUCUGCUCCUACUCUGUCAUGGAGCUGUGCACCAAGGGACUGGGCCUCCAGACAGAGCUGCUCAAGACUCGAGGAUUGGACCUGUCCCGCGUGAGGACCUGUGUGGUGGUAGCUGAGGAGAGGCCUAGGAUAGCCCUGACCCAGUCCUUCUCCAAGCUCUUCAAAGACCUGGGCCUCCACCCACGUGCCGUCAGCACCUCCUUCGGCUGCAGGGUCAACCUGGCCAUCUGCCUGCAGGGCACUUCAGGACCGGAUCCCACCACUGUGUAUGUGGACAUGAGAGCCUUGCGACACGACCGGGUCCGUCUUGUGGAGAGGGGGUCGCCACACAGUUUGCCACUCAUGGAGUCUGGGAAGAUUUUGCCCGGAGUUCGGAUCAUCAUCGCCAACCCAGAGACCAAGGGCCCACUGGGUGACUCUCACCUGGGGGAGAUCUGGGUUCACAGCAGCCACAACGCCAGUGGUUAUUUCACGGUAUACGGCGACGAGUCUCUGCAGUCGGACCACUUCAGCUCGCGGCUGAGCUUCGGCGACACGCAGACGGUGUGGGCGCGCACCGGCUACCUGGGCUUCCUGAGGAGGACCGAGCUCACAGAUGCCAGUGGUGAGAGGCACGAUGCCCUCUAUGUGGUUGGUGCCCUGGAUGAAGCCAUGGAGCUCCGAGGGAUGAGGUACCACCCGAUUGACAUAGAGACAUCAGUCAUCAGGACCCACAAGAGCAUCAUGGAAUGUGCGGUGUUCACCUGGACCAACCUUCUGGUGGUGGUGGUGGAGCUGGACGGCUCAGAGCAGGAGGCGUUGGACCUGGUGCCGCUGGUGACCAACUCGGUGCUGGAGGACCACUACCUGAUCGUUGGGGUGGUGGUGGUGGUGGAUGUAGGUGUUAUCCCCAUCAACUCGCGCGGUGAGAAGCAGCGCAUGCAUCUGCGUGACGGAUUCCUGGCCGACCAGCUGGACCCCAUCUACGUGGCCUACAACAUGUAGGCCCACCCACAUGCACCCGGCACCCCCACCCUGCGGCGGGAAAAUCCCACAUGCGUCGCAUCUCCUGCGCCAUUGACAACCGCCUUGUAAAUGUUGUGGACUGCAGAAACCUCGGAGCGAGAGCCCGGCAGAGAGGGAUCUGAGAGGCCUUGAGGUUUUUGAAAAGCACUCCUGAUGGGCAAGAGCGAUAUAGGUGGGCGACGGGGUGGGGGGCGUGUGGCGGUGAGCUCAGCUGACAGGAGGAAUAUCGUCCAAUUGGCUGAGGAGAAAGAGCAGCACUUCACACAUCUUGCUUAAUUGGAUAGUGCUUUUGAAGUAGGUGUGGCUCUAUAUUUUCACAUUAUGUAUGCUGAAGUUGCUCAUUUUUAAUAUGCCCUCUAAGAGGUAAGGGUAUUUUUUAAGAUAUUUACAUACUGUGGCAAAUUGUAUUUUGAGUUGUCAACUGUUUUUAAGAUAUAAAGCAUAACAAAUUUAGAUAUGUUUCGAUACAGGAUGUCUGUUUAGUCCAUAAAACUUGACUAAACUACGAAGAGGUACUUUUUUAUGUUGUGUUUUCAACCACGCGCUUAUGGUUUGCUGUCUAGAUUCGUUUUGUAACGGUGUAACAACUUUACAGGGAUCCCAAGUGGGUUCGCGGUUCUGCUUCCGCAAUGACAGCCGACAUCGGAUUGGCGUCAUUGUGUGGAAAGGAAGAACAUGACGUCAUAUCAUGUAAUUAUGUACAAAACUUUUAAUUUAUUUUUUUUAGAAGUAUAUAAGAGAAGACAUUUAAGAAUGUCUGUCUCUUUAAAUAUUUGAUAAUAUAAAGCAAAGCCUUGUAUCUUGAGUGAAUAGUAUCACAUCAAGUAUAUAAAAUAUAUAUUAAAACAUAUAUAUAUAUAUAAACAUAGAAACACCUAGAUCUGACGAAUGAAAACGCCUGAAAUGCAGUACUUCUCAUUUGCAUGGUGUCUGUUGUUGUAGAUAAAUCUGUCGUUGUUUCAUUGUUCGAGUGACACACGGUUUUGAGAACGUACAAGAUGUCCUCAGAGGGCGUGGAACAGACACCAAAAUGGGUAACAUGGACGACACUUUAAGCCCAAAUGUAUUUGGACAGAAAUUGCACCUUUCCUUUAACAGUGACAGUUUUUUUUUUUUUUUUUAAACUGCCGUGUUUAUGGCCAAUUUGAACAGUGUCGAGUGUAAAUAUUGGAGUUUAGUUUGGUACCUUCAUUCACCUGCAGAGAAGCCUUGAUCGGGGUUUUAUGAAUGUUCAGCAGUCUUCUGGAAACAGACACUGAUUAUAAACUGCCCAAAACGCACGAGAAGCUUAUGCCAUUCUCACCUUAAAGAUCAUAAGGUCACACCGCCAUUAUGUUUAAACAACUUUAUUUUCCUCCAUCCAGCAAGAACAAAAAUUUUACAUCUGGGAGAUGUAACAAACAGUGACGCAUGAUCGCCUGAAAAUGCAGCUAGGGUCACUCUUUCUCCCAUCUUAUAUCAUUCAAAUCAGUUUGUCUGCAAGAGUACAAUAGUGCAAAACUGGUGUUACAUUGAAUGCAAGAGAUAAGUGCAAUCGUCACAAUUUCUGUCAUAAAAUAUAUGCAUCACAGUUAGUGGCUAACGAAGGUGAAUCACUUGAAUCGAAACCAGAUGCUUAUAGGAUUACAAUCAAAAGUUUUGGUAACAGUCACUGGUUAGCGAGGUUUAUCGUAAUGGACUCAGCGUCAUUGUUUUUGGAAUGAUGUUCAUAUCGCUGUCAAGAAGAUGAUAGACGUGUGAUUGUUUAUUCGUAAGUUUCGGUUAAAGCGGGAAAUGUUCAGUCUGUGUUUCCCUUUUUGUAGACUGGGAUUUUCUUUGCAGGAAUCACAACUAUGCUACAAUGAUUUUUAAAAAUGGUCUUAGCCUCCUUAGAAGUGAUGAAGGUAAUAUAAAGGAAUAAAACAAAAUGUUUUCAUAUUGAAGAGAAAUUCCACUUUUUUUUUUUUUUUUUAAAGCAUAUUUUCCUGGAAAUUUCAACCUCAUUUGUGAGCUGGUCUGCAUGUAAAUAUCGUUGGUCACAGAAAACAUUUAUUUUAUAUGGUUCAGGUGUGUUUGGAAAUUCUUGUUUGUGUAUUAAGUAUUAAGACACUUCAGAAAAAUUUGGCUAACGGGUCUUGCCUGCUCUCUCACAUUCAGAUGCAAUAAGGUGCGUCCAUCACGUGUCCCUAGCAUUUGUGCUGUCAAGGUAACAGACAAAAUCUCUCACAUCAGCACCACAAAACAUCCCCAUAUCACACCUCUUCAAAGACUUCUCAUCCAUCCACAAGGGGGCACCUCUAUUACACUGUGCUAUAACUUUAUUGCAUCGCCACUCAAUAAGUCACAGAUGUCAUCAUUAUGUAUAAACGUUCUGAUGUUUGCGUGUGGCAGGGGUGAGUCUCACAUUCUGUAAUGGGUUUCAUUGUACUCUAUUGUCAUACCAAACAGUACAGGGACUGACUGCUGGUUAUUUACUUUUAAGGUGUCUCUUCGUUGACAUAUCGUCGCUCGUGAUGUUACGUUUCUGUACCAUUGUCAGCUGGGUGAUUGUCCCUUUUUUAAUAUAUGAAAAAGUGGAAGGAUCGUUUUUGUCCGUAGGGGACUUAGCAAUAAAGGACUGUCCUGUAUUAGAUUCUGUACUGUAGAUUUAAAAACAAAAACAUGUAUACGAAUGUGAAACAAAAAAACAUCCUCUAUUGUGUUGUGAUAUAGUGCUCCUAUUGGAGUUUUAAAAAAUAAAGGAAAUUGAAUUAUUACAUAAAGAGACAAUGCACAAGUUCAAAAGUAAAUAAAAGUACAAAAAAAGAAGGAUAUACGGAAAUUAUCCUAUUCAUAUGCACUAACUGAUCAUGAAAAUUAAUUCCCUUGUGGUGCUUAUUAUGUAGGAUAAUCCCUGCUUGAUACAACCUGAGGCAAAGUCAGCUGAUCGUCCAGCAACAUUACGUCAUCAGAGCUGAGCCGCUUCUUCAUGGUCAUUUUACGUAAUCACUACACUCCCCCCCCAUCUCUGCUAAAACAAACAAACUUUGUUAUAUUAAAGCCACCAGGAUGCUUUGUACAUCUGUGAUGACGCCUAAUUUUAUAUUCAAAUGAACAAAAUAAAAGCUUUUAUUUUUGUUGCUGUUAACAUCUACGCGCUUUUGGCUCUGUGUCAAAGUGGGAAUACUUUUGAUGACUUCACAGACAUGCAUAAAACAGACGUGUAAAAUUUGCCGUAUUUUUAGAAAUUAUUUUCUUAAAGAUUUGUUUUUUAUUUUACUGUAUUUAAUGAAGUUUUUUUUUUAUUGCUGUUGUUGCCGUCGCAGGUUCAUAUUCAGUCUCACAGACCAAAACAACAAUGUAAGAAAGUACAUUUGAACACAGGGUGACUGGUUGAAGAUACAUUUAUUUUUUUCCAUGUUACCACAUAGAAUAUUCGUAUGUCGCCAGCUAAAGCAUCUAACAAAAUAGCCAAAAGCGUAGGAAAUGGAAAUCACAAUGUUUACGAUGAACUGUAUGUGUGCUCGGCUGAAGACAACUUCCCGACUAAGUCAUGAAUAAAAAUCACAACUUUC